GCGGCCAUACGGCAUCACCUGAAGGAGUCUAACCAGACGACCUCCCGACGCGACGGGAGCCUGCGCGUGUUUUUGUGUCUGUGCACCGGUCUGUGCUGCCACACCCCCUUCUCCUCGGCUGCGGUGGUAUGAUCCAGGGAGCGUUGUUAUAGCGGCAGCACGAGCAGCCUCGCCAGCAACAGCAUCAACCCGUCAGCUUUUCGUCGGGUUCAACUGCGGCUAAACGCACCGCGCCGGGCUCCCCUCCUCCUUGUCACCGUUGCACGGCACGGCACGGCACGGCACGGCGGAGCUGGCUCGCGCGCGCAUCCCCCUUCUGCGAGGAGAUCCCUUUCACCCCUUCCGCGCGACAUCGUUUUUCCUCGUCCUCCAUCGGCAUUCGAGAGCGAGCAGCAUCAGCAUCAGCACCGCCGCCUCGAAACCAGACCAGAAAGAGAGGAAGAGAGAGAGGUGUUUCAGACACAUUUUUUUUGUUUUUUGUUUUAUAACAGGAGCACCGCGUCUCAGGUCCAAGCUCUACCGAAGGGAGGGAGAUUGCGCAGUCUUCAGCAUUUUCGGGCUCUUAUAGCGCGGAGUCAGGCUAAAAAAAAUAAGAAGAAGAAGAAGAAGAGGAAUGGCAUUACGUCGGAAAGACUCCGUGCUCCGUGCCGUGGCUGUGCUGAGUGACUGAGCGGAGCCCUACAAGCCAUGGAGGAGAUGGACAGUAAACCCUACCAGCCGUUGUCGAAGGGGCGCCAUGAAAUGGAGAUGUCCUACACCAGCUCGUCCGACGAGAGCGAGGACGGCCGCGCCCACCACCGCUCCUACACCUCGCGCGAAACUCUGCCCGACUACACGCACGAGCUGCGCCUCACCCUCGGAUCGCACCGGGAAAGGCAGAGCAACUACAGCCAACCCCAGCCAGAAUUAGACUUCUGCAAGGUUGGGUCGAUGAGGAGCCCGGACUACCACAUCCACCAACAGCAGCAGCAGCAGCAGCAGUUGCAGCAGCAGCAGCAUCAGCACCAGGAGGACGAGGAGGAAGCGCUGUGCUCCGGGCCGGCCGCUCAUGCCCACAGCCGUUACUCCCUGGGCGUGGGCUCCGACGUGGACACCGAGCCCGAAGUGGACCCCGCUCACGGCCUGCAGCACAUGUGGAUGCGCGGCCUGAAGUCCGAGCAGAGCUCGUGCCUGACGAGCCGCGCCAACUCCGCCCUAUCCCUCACUGACACUGAGCAUGACAGGAAGUCCGAGCCUGACAAUGAGCUGCCCAGCAGUCCAGGUGGUCAGUUCACGUUCCGCCCGCUGCCCCCGCCUCCCCCGCCGCCGCACGCCUGCACCUGUGCCCGCCCGGCGCCCUACACCCAGGUCAGCCUGCAGAGGAAGACCAUGCCGACGCGGUGCCAGGCCAGCCAGGGCGGCCAGGGGCCAGACACAGGCUCGAGCACAGACCAGGCACAGCUUCACAACAGCUGGGUGCUCAACAGCAACAUUCCCCUCGAGACCAGACACUUCCUGUUCAAGCAGGGCUCUGGGUCAUCGGCUCUCCUGUCAGGGGCGGGGCAGGGUUACCCUCUGACCUCCGGGACAGUGUACUCCCCUCCGCCCCGGCCUCUCCCGCGGAGCAGCGUGACCAGACCGCUGUUUACCUUCAACAAGCCUCACCGCUGCUGCAACUGGAAGUGCACGGCCCUGUCCGCGUCGCUCCUCACUCUCACCCUGGCCCUGCUGCUCACCUACGUCAUCGCGGUCCACCUGUUAGGUCUGACCUGGCAUCUGCGGCACGGCGAGAGCCAGCUGUAUGAGAACGGCUUGAGCUCGGCGGACCAUCAACAGGAGGACCGCAGCAAAACCAGGCCCACCAGCUCCAUUCACCUGCUGGACACACUCAACCCGGAAAACACACACGCCGGCGACAAAGAGAAAUGGGUGCGAGGCCGGGCCAUCGACCGCGGCGAGGUCGACGUCGGAACCCAGCAGAGCCAGGCGAUCCCGCCGGGACUCUUCUGGAGGUUCCAUAUGACCGUGCACCAUCCGACCUACAUCAAGUUCAACCUGUCCCUCUCGCACAACGCGUUGCUCGGGGUUUACGGACGCAGGAAUAUACCGCCUACGCACACUCAGUUCGACUUUGUGAAGCUGCUGGACGGGAAGGCGCUGCCCAGGUCCUUGACCGAUCCCGUCUCCACCGCCAAAGCUCCCAAAGGCCUGCUGCUGAGCGGCCUCCAGGAAACGGGCUUCAUCGAAUACAUGGACCCCGGCACCUGGCACCUCGCGCUCUACAACGACGGACGCAACCUGGAGCAAGUGUUGCUGCACAGCACUCCCAUUGACUCAAUGGACGGCUGCUCCACAGACUGUAAUGGAAACGGAGAGUGCGUGGCCGGACACUGCCACUGCUUUGCUGGCUUCUUGGGUCCCGACUGUGCCAAAGGUAAGAGAUGUCUGGGGUGGUUAACUCCUGGAUGGGAUGCAAAGAACACUGCUUUCAUACUCGGUGAACUGAUGAUUAUAAUGAGGCCGGCACACCAGCCCCCCCCUCCCCCACUUACCCACCCUUUCACUCUCACCUCUGACUCAUCCUCACUCUUCCUUUUGUCCUCUCUCUUUCUCUCUUUCUCUCUCUCUCUCUCUCUCUCUCUCUCUCUCUCUCUCUCUGCAGUGGACUGCGUGGACCCUCAGUGCGGCGGGCACGGCGUAUGCGUGCGCGGGGAGUGCGUGUGCUCGGCAGGCUGGGCAGGAGUGAGCUGUGAUGACCCGCUGCCAGCCUGUCAGGAGCAGUGUUCGGGACAUGGCACCUACCUACCCGAGUCGGACGCCUGCGCCUGCCAGCCCAACUGGACAGGACCGGACUGUUACACUGAGCUGUGCCCGGUGCCAUGUGGCAGCCAUGGCGUUUGCUCCGAGGGCCAGUGCCAGUGCGAGGAGGGUUGGAUUGGCGCUGCGUGCGACCAGAGAGCAUGCCAUCCUCGCUGCGAAGAACACGGCCAGUGCCACGACGGGACCUGCAUCUGCCAGCCUGGCUGGGAGGGAGAGCACUGUAACAUUGUUACUCAUGACUUGGACGUCGUUGUGAAAGACGGCUGCCCAGGGUUGUGCAGCGGACACGGCCGCUGUACCCUGGAGCAGAGCGGCUGGCGCUGCGUCUGCCAGGCUGGAUGGAGCGGGCCUGGAUGCAGCGUUGUCAUGGAAACUGACUGCAGUGAUGGAACAGACAACGACGGAGAUGGCCUCAUUGACUGCGUGGACCCGGACUGCUGCGAGCAGCUGAGUUGCGGCUCCGACCCCCUGUGUCACGGCUCGGCCGACCCCUUGGCCCUGCUGCAGCAGAGCCCGCCGCCGCCCGCCGCACCCCCCCCGCCCACCAGCACGCACGCUCACAGCUUCUACCGCCGCAUACGCUUCCUCCUCGGCAAGGCGGCCACGCACACUCUCCCCGGAGACGUGCCCUUCGAUACCAGCCGGGUAGCUGUGAUUCGAGGCAGCGUCUCCUUGCAGGACGGCUCGCCUCUGGUUGGAGUUAACAUCACCUUCCCACAGCAUCCAGAGUACGGUUACACUAUCAGCAGGCAGGACGGAAGUUUUGACCUGGUUACCUUGGGCGCGAUGUCUGUGACCCUGAUGUUCCAGCGGCCACCCUUCCUGCCGCAGACGCGCACCAUCUGGACGCCAAACAACAACUUCCUGGUCCUGGACCAGGUGACCAUGUCCAGGGAGGAAGCGCAAACUCUCACAUGUGACAUCAGGAGUGUUUUGAGUCCGUACCCGCUGGUCCUGCCCUACCCGCUCCCCAGAUACACCGGAGCAUGUUCAGAGAAGGGGCCGGCUGUGCCGGAGCUGCAGGCGGUGCAGGAAGAAGUUUCAAUCCCCGGGGCCUUUUCCAAGCUGAGCUAUUUGAGCACCCGUUCCUCAGGCUACCUCUCUCUGCUUAGAAUCCUCCUCACACCUCCCUCACUGUUGUCCCCAGUCUCCCCGCUGGGCGGUCUCUCCAAGGUGCAUGUCCGCGCAUCGGUCCAGGGAAGGUUGUACCAGCGCUGGUAUCCCGCCGGGCCCGGCCUGGUCCACAGGCUGGUCUGGAACAAGACUGAUAUUUAUGGCCAGGAGGUCUGGGGCCUCACUCACGCAACUGUGUCUGUCGGCUACGAGUACGAGUCGUGUCCUGGCGUCAUCCAGUGGGAGAGGAGGACUGCUCUGAUGCAGGGAUUUGAACUGGUCCCCUCGAACCUGGGAGGGUGGUCUCUGGACAAACACCACGCCCUCAACAUACGCAGUGGAAUCCUUCACAAGGGAAACGGAGAGAACGUCUUCUUCUCCCAGCAGCCUCCCGUCAUCAGCACCGUGAUGGGGAACGGUUUUUACCGGAGUGUCCCCUGCGGUCCGAGCUGCAGCGGGGCCGCACGGGACAUGAUGCUGUUUGCUCCCGUGGCACUGGCCACCGGCCCCGACGGCUCCCUCUACGUGGGGGACUUCAACUUCAUCCGCAGGGUCCAUCCUGACGGAUACACCAGAACCAUACUGGAGCUCAAGAACCGGGACACCCGACACAGCACCAGCCCCGCUCAUAAGUACUACCUGGCCAUGGAUCCAAUGGGGGAGGUCCUUUACGUGUCUGACACCAGCAGCCGCCGGGUGUACCGGGUGAGGAACCUCGGCCAGCCGAAAGAUCCCUCUCGCAACCUGGAGGUAGUGGCCGGGACAGGGGAGCAGUGUCUCCCUUUCGACCAGAGCCACUGCGGAGAGGGCAGGAAGGCCGCCGAAGCUGCGCUCAACAACCCCCGAGGUAUUGCGGUGGAUAAAAGAGGUGUCGUCUACUUCGUCGACGGCACCACCAUUCUGAAGAUUAAUGAGAGGGGUCUGCUCUCCACUGUGAUUGGCUCAAACGGACUGAUGUCGACGCAGCCGCUGAGCUGCGAUGCGCGCAUGGACAUCACCCAGGUGCGCCUGGAGUGGCCUACAGACCUGGCCAUUAACCCGCUGGACAACUCCCUCUACAUCCUGGACAACAACAUUGUCCUACAGGUAUCAGAAAAUCUUCAGGUGCGCAUCGUGGCGGGCCGCCCCAUCCACUGCCAGGUCCCAGGUAUCGACCACCACCUGGUGAGAUGGGCUGCAGUGCGCACCACCCUGGAGGCCGCCAAGGCUAUCGCCCUGUCCCACCUGGGCACGCUGUUCAUCGCUGAGACUGACGAGAGGCGCAUCAACCGCAUCCAACAGGUGUCAACCAAUGGGGAGAUAUCGGUUAUCUCUGGAGCCCCCACGGACUGUGACUGUAAGAUAGACCCCAACUGUGACUGCUUCUCCGGAGACGGAGGCUACGCCCGUGACGCUCGUCUCAAAGCCCCCUCGUCUCUGGCCGUGGCCCCCAACGGCACCCUGUAUAUUGCUGAUCUGGGCAACAUUCGGAUCAGAGCGGUCAGCCCCAACCAGCCUCAGCCCAGCCCAGUUGGACUGGUGGAGAUCAGCUCCCCACUGGACCAGGAGCUUUAUCUCUUCAGCCAGAACGGCUCCCACAUGCACACCAAACACCUGAUCACCGGCCACUACCUGUACAACUUCUCCUACGUCUCGGACGGCCAGCUGUCCGGACUGACAAGUCGCGACGGCCACGGGCUGCAGGUGAGGAGGGACGCUCGCGGAGUGCCUCUCUGGCUGGCCCUACCUGGUGGACAGGUGUACUGGCUGUCUCUUAGCAACAGCGGAACGCUGAGGAAGGUGUCAGCCCAAGGCCAUGACAUCGCCCACAUCACUUACCAUGGCAACACAGGUCUCCUAGCAACCAAGAGUGAUGAGAACAGUUGGACCACUGUUUAUGAGUACAACAGCGAGGGCCGCGUGACCAACAUCACCCUCCCCACGGGUGAGGUGAACGGUUUCCACGGCAACCUUGAACGUUGGUCUCGGGUGGAGGUCGAGGCGUCCACCCGUGAGAACUUUGUCACCAGCACCAACCUGUCUGCCAGUGACACCAUCUACACGUUCAGACAAGACCACGCUCAGAGUUCAUACAGGGUCAGCGCCGACGGGUCCUUCCUUGUGACGCUGGCGAGCGGGAUGGAGCUGUCACUCAUCACGGAGCCCCUCCUCCCCGGAGGAGCCGGGGGAGGAGUCAGUCCCACGGCCAGCCGCUGUAACAUCAGCCUGCCUGGAGACCACGCCCCCAGCCUGAUAGAGUGGAGGCAGAGGAAGGAGCAGAGCAAGACUAACUACAGCACUUACGAACGCAGGCUCAGGGCACACAACAGGAACCUGCUGUCCAUAGACUUUGAUCAGAGCACCAGAGUAGGGAAGAUCUACGAUGACCACAGGAAGUUCACCCUUCACAUCCAGUAUGACUCGCUGGGCCGGCCCGUGGUCUGGUCCCCCAGUAGCAAAUACACCGAGGUAAACAUCACCUACUCGGGUGGAGGACAGUUGUCGUCCAUUCACCGCGGAGACUGGUCCGAACGGCUGGAGUAUGAGAACGACAGGGUGGUGUCCAGAGCCUGGGUCAACGGCAAGAUUUGGAGCUACACUUACGCAGAUAAAUCCAUUAUGCUGCUCCUGCACAGCCAGCGGCGCUACGUCUUCGAGUACGACCAAACGGACCGCCUGCUCGCCGUGACGAUGCCCAGCAUGGUGAAACACGCCCUGCAGUCGCUCCUCUCCAUUGGCUACUACAGGAACAUAUACACUCCUCCGGACAGCCAGUCCUCCUUCAUGCAGGACUACACGCUGGAUGGGCGGCUGCUGAGGACCCAGUACCUGGGAACAGGACGCAGUGUCAUCUACAGGUACACUCCAGCAGCGCGGCUCUUCGAGGUGGUUUAUGACUCCACCCUGGUGACCUUCACUUACGACGAGGCCUCUGGCACUGUCAAGACCAUUCAUCUCACCCAUAAUGGCUUCAUAAGCUCCAUACGCUACAGACAGACAGGUCCCCUGACGAGUCGGCAAAUCUUCCGCUUUAGCGAAGAAGGCUUGGUCAACGCCAGGUUUGACUACAGCUACAACAACUUCAGAGUGACCAGCAUGCAGGCAGUCAUCAACGAGACCCCUCUUCCCAUUGAUCUGUACCGAUACGUGGACGUGUCGGGACGUGUCGAGCAGUUUGGCAAGUUCAGCGUCAUCUUUUAUGACCUCAACCAGGUGAUCACCACCCAUCUGAUGAAGCACACCAAGGUUUUCAACUCCUACGGCCAGGUGGUCGAGGUCCAGUAUGAGAUCCUUAAAUCCAUCGCCUACUGGAUGACCAUCCAGUAUGACUCGGCGGGGCGCACGACCACCUGUGAUAUCAGGGUGGGCGUGGACAACAACGUGACACGCUACACUUACGAGUACGAUGCAGACAGCCAGCUGCAAAGUGCCUCUGUUAAUGAGCGGCCCCAGUGGCGCUACAGCUACGACCUCAACGGGAACAUUAACCUGCUCAGCCACGGGACCAGUGCUCGACUGACGCCGCUGCGUUACGACCAGAGAGACCGCAUCACACACCUCGGCGAGUUACAGUACAGCGUGGAUGAAGACGGCUUCCUCCGCCAGCGAGCCAAUGACCUGUUUGACUACAACUCCAACGGCCUGCUGACCCGCGUCUUCAACCGAGCGACCGACCGCACCGUGUGGUAUCGCUACGACGGGCUGGGCCGCCGCGUGGCCACCAAAAGCAGCCAGGGCGAGCAGCUGCAGUUCUUUUAUGCCGAUCUGUCGCACCCCACCAGGGUCAGCCAUUUGUACAACCACAGCAGCAAUCUGAUCACGUCGCUGUACUACGACCUGCAGGGCCUCCUCAUUGCCAUGGAGCUGAGCAGCGGGGAGGAGUACUACGUCGCCUGCGACAGCGUGGGGACUCCGAGGGCGGUUUUCUCAAGCAAGGGGCGCCUGGUCAAAGAGAUCCUCUACACCCCUUACGGAGAGGUCUACCAGGACACCAACCCUGACUUCCAGCUUGUCAUCGGCUUCCACGGAGGCUUGUACGAUCCUCUCUCGCGUCUUGUCCAUUUGGGCAGGCGGGAUUACGACACGCUAGCCGGUCGAUGGACUUCGCCCAAUCACGAACUGUGGGGGGAGCUGAGCAAGGAGCCGAAGCCGUUCAACGUGUACGCCUUCAAGAAUAACUGCCCAGUUGGCAAAGUGGAGGAGGUGACGGAGUUUACUACAGACAUUGGUAGCUGGUUGCAGCUAUUUGGUUUCCAGCUUCAUAAUGUCGUCCCAGGCUUCCCGAAGCCUGAAGUGGGCCGAAUGGAGCAAACAUAUGAACUGAUGAAGACCCAGACCAAGACACAAGACUGGGACUCCAGCAAGGUGGUUUUGGGGAUCCAGUGUGAGCUGCGCAGACAGCUGAGGAGUUUCAUCUCCCUGGAGAGGCUACCUCUGGUCUCGGAGCCUGUUGGCUCAACUCGCCACAGACCGACACGGCCUCCCCCCUUCGGCUCCCGGCCGUCUCUUCUCGGCCCCAGCAUCCGGUUCGCCGUCUCCCACGGCCGCGUCAGCGCCGAAGUCAUCGGCGUAGCCAGCGAGGACAGCCGCCGCGUGGCGGCCAUCUUGAAUGGCGCCGUUCACCUGAGCGGGUUGAGCUUCACCGUGCACGGCUGCGACACCCACCACUUCCUCCAGUCCCGGCCCAUCGAGGAGGACCUCGCCCUGGGGUUGGGUGUCGGGGGCCGCGUCCUGGAGAGCGGGGUGAACGUGAGCGUGUCUCAGAUGAGCGCCACAGUGAACGGCAGGACGCGACGAUUCGCCGAUAUCACCCUUCAGCAGGGGCUGCUGUGCCUGUGCGUGCGCUACGGCGGGAGCGAGGAGGAGGAGAGGGAGCGGGUGAGGGAGGAGGCGAGGAAGAGAGCGGUGGAGGGCGCGUGGGAGAAGGAGAGGAAGAGGGUGGAUUUAGGGGACGUGGGGAGCAGGGCGUGGAGCGAGGCGGAGAAGCAGCAGCUGCUGUCCGGAGGACUGGUUCAGGGUUACGACGGCUACUACUCCCUGCCUAUAGAGCAGCAGCCGGAGCUGUCCGACUGCCCCUCCAACAUCCACUUUAUGACACUAAGCGAGGUGGGGGGCAGGUAACAGAGACACGUGAGCAGCCCCCCGCCCCACCAAAGACUGCCUGUUUCUACUCUACUCUGAUUUGUUCUACUGUUUCUAUACUGUAUCAACAAAAAAAAAAAAGAAGAAGAAGACGACGACAAAGAAGAACAAGAAGAGAGAUUGGGGGAAAAAAUGAUUUCCAAAUGCCUUUAAUUGUGACAAAAUGAUGGUAUUUUAUUAUUAUCGUCCAGUUCUCCAAUUUCUAACAGUGGCACAAGCAGUGUGGUUUGGCUGUGGCUUUGCUUUUUGUAUCCUGACUGGCCUGGGACCGACCGACCGACCGACUGACUGACUUUCCGUCGAACUGAUGGACUUGACCGUCUGUCCUUUGCUGUUUCAACACUGUUCUUCAUUUUGGAUUCACUGAGCUGUAGAGACGAAGACUUUAGGAUUGCCAGUGACUAAUCCUCUUCAUGACUCAAAAUCAAGAGCUCUCCGGUUGCCAUUUGAGUUCCUCCAUGGUUUACCUCAGAUAUACUAUCGUUUACAUAUUGUGUAAGAGAGGCCUUGUCAACUCUGGCACUCCCCUUUAGAGAAGGAAACCUCUCCCGGUAUUCUGCCUCUGGUGUGCUCCAACAGUAGUUUGUAUGAGUGUGUAUACUGAAAUCAAGAAUGUACAUAGCCAGUGCUUUCACACUGAAAAAAGUGCUCAACUGGAAAUUCUGUUGUUCAUAAGUAAGUGUCAGUAUUGUUAAUCAAUAGAAAAACAGUUACAUUUUUGCAAAGAAUUAUACAUGGCUAUAGUAAAUAUUCUCGCUGAAAAAUCUGACUUUAUUGGGUUACAAUGCUGAUUAAAGUUAUUAUGUGUGAAUUACCAG